UGCCGGUGGUGGUGGAGGAGGGGGGUAGGGACGUGAGUUAAGGGGAGGAGAGAGAAAAGAAAUGCAAAGUAUAUAAAUACAGUAUAUUAUACUGUAUUUAGGGCGUUAGUAGGAAAUUGUAGGGCGUCGUUUAGCAAAGCCAAAAAAAAUCUUAAACUACAUAGGUAUAGGCGUAUAGUACCACUCCAAAAGACGCAAAUUCAAUUCUUUUACAACGUUCCUCUAGAACCACUCAUACGCAAAUUCGUCACUCAUACACUAAUUCCAAAGCUCGAAUUGCAGAAGCUGAUUCCAGGUUGUUGUUUUGUUCCUUAGAUGAAUCUACUUGUUUUGUUGCGGAUUUUGGUGUGGAAUUGCGAUUUUUAAGAUCUACUUCAUGUGAUUAUUCAUGCGAUUGGUUUUAUGCGGUUGCUAUUGUUUGUUUCAUGAAUUUAACUUAUUUUUAUCUCAUAUAUGUUACUUCAUGUUUUUAGGGAUGGAUAAUUUACAUGUUAUAAACUUAUGAUUCGAAUGAAUUUCUGGUAUAACUUGUUAAUUCAUGUUUGUUUGUUUCAUGGAACUAAAUGAUAAGAAAAUUUAUGUUACAAUAUGUAGAUACGCAUAUUUGUGUUCACUUGUUCUUGUUUAAUUUCAUCAGAUGAAUUUUUCAAGUGUUGUGGCUGGAAAUCAGGGAUGAAUGACCUGUCAUCCCCGGGACCAGGGCGGCCGCCCCUCCUGCCCUGGCUCAGGGACGGGCCUGGAACUCUAGAAACUAUGAUCCGGCGCGUCAAGAUGUCGGUGCCGGGUGGAAAUCAUGCUUUUUGAGCAUUUUGAUGAGUUCAUAACUCGUCUUAGCUUAAUGCCUCUAAUAUUUCAAUCUUUAUACUUCCUACGUUUCAAUUUAGUUGUGACACUUUUAAAAUUACGGGCUCCUAGGCAAUUUUUGGAGAGGAGAGAGAUAGAAAAAGAUAAUAAAAGGGUCACAUGUGAUAGGAGAGAGAUAGAGAGAAGUUAUUAACCAAAAUAAAAGUGUCACAACUAAAUUGAUAUUUCCUAAAAUAGAAAGUGUCACAACUUAAUUGAAACGGAGGAAGUAUUUAUUUUGGUUUGUCUUGUUGGGUUUCCAUGAAUGAGAAUAUUGCCAUUAGCAUAUAUACCUUGAUGAAGUAUUGUUUUUGGAAUAUUUAACCUAGUUGCUUCAUUACUUGGAAUUGGCGUGACAUAUGAAUGAUAAUGUGCAUUCUUGUUAUAGAUAAUCAAGGUUUGAUAUUUCAGCGAGAUAUAUUAGGCAUUUGGAUAUCAGCAUCAUUGGCAGUUUUUUUUGCAUGAUGAUUGAACUCUUUCUAUCAAAACCUAUAUGGGAUGAUGAUAAAAAUGCUGAAUCUGCUGAGCUAAGAAUGCCUCUUUACAACAAGUUGGAAAAGAGCAUAUGGGGACUUAUGACCUCUGAAGGCCGGUCAGAGGCUAGAUUGUGGCUUUUCCUUCAGAUGCUCUUUGAGAGGAGACCACAGCAAGCUGGGUUACUUUUGGCGAAGAAAAGUCGCAGGCUUGAAAGGUUCUUUGAAGGACAUCCAAUGCGUAUAUUGCAAUGGUUUUCAACAUUUUCUAUUGCUGGUGAUUCGGCACAUGGAAAGGGUGCAAAGUCACUAGCCCAGUUUGCCUUUGUGAACCGGGACAUAUGCUGGGAAGAGCUUGAAUGGAAUGGAAAACACGGACAAUCACCAGCAGUUGUUGCAACAAAACCUCAUUAUUUUCUUGAUUUGGAUGUUGAACGUACGGUGGAGAACUUUCUUGAGAAUGUACCUGAGUUUUGGUCAUCUGAGGAAUUUGCAGAGUCUCUAAAAGAUGGUGAGAUCUUGUCUGUUGAUAGCAAGUUCUUUGUAGAUUUCUUUCUCAAGCUAAUGUACGAAGAUAAUCUGAAAGAAGUUUGGGAGAUUAUUGGUCAGUUUUUAAUGGAGGAGCCUUUUUCUUAUCUUUGUCAACAUCUUUUAAUCAUUCUUGAUGAACGAGACCUAUCUACUUUAUUGCAAAUGCUUCAAGAUUUUCUCACUAGAAGAAAGAAACCUCUAAAUUUCGAUAACACGUCUUAUUGGCUGGAAAUUGUCAUCUAUAAGUGUGGUGACCAAAUAUCUAUCGACCAGUUAUUUCUAUUGAAUGCACUGUUUAAUAAAGGAAAACUACUUUUACGGCUUGUACAUAAUGAAGAGACGGAAGAGGAGAAGGUCAAAAUUAAUGAUUUAGUGUUAGGGAUCAGUACAAGUACAAGUGAAGCGAAGAGUUUGGCCCUGAUUUCCAAGGAUCACUUGAAGUCAAAGACCAUAGAAAUGAUGAAGUGCCUUGGUCUUCUUUCAUGGAGCCUUCUUUACAGGUUAUCUAAGGAAUGUCAAACUUCGGAAUCCUGGGAAUCACUGUUUGUCGGUAAUAACAUUGGCUUUCGUAAAUCUGAUAUAUAUGGUCUUAUGAAACAUUAUGGAACUUCAGAUGAGAGUGAACUGGACUUUGGUGAUAAAGCAGCAACUAGAGCUAAAAACAAAAAGAGAAAGAGUAGAAAGAAAAGGAGAAGAAAGCAAGAUUAUGAUGACCUCAGUGAUGAGGAUUUGCUUGAGCUUGACAAUCCAGAUGCUAAAUUCGGUGUCAAGUCUAGUUCUAGAAGCUGGUUCCUUUCUACUAAUGGCUAUUCUACUUCAUGGAGUGCGGCUGAUCUACCGGAACAUUUAUCAAAGCAUUGUUUGAGAGAAUGGAUGAAGCAGACUUUUAAGAAUAGCGAUGCCACGUAAUUUGUGACAGCGUAUGUUUUUCCCUAUCAUUUGUGACGCCCCAAAAUGGUGGUUCAGAUAAGCUUGAAAUGGACCGACUUUUCUAUUUGUUGAAGUCUGGCCUGGCUUGUGAUCGGUGCUACUCAAGUGCUGAAGUGCAUUAUAGUUUGCUAUGUAGAGGCUGAAUUUUAAUGGGGUCAUGUGUCAUUCACCAAGGUGCUACUAUGUACUAACAACUGCUUAAGACUGAUGAUGCGAUGUUUUAGUAAAUGAAGCUUGAACAAAGUGCGGAAUGCUACUCCUUGUCGUAGCUGUGACUCAGACAUCACUGCAUGAAAAUGUGAAAUUAUAGAGCUUUGUUGUUACGCUUUGAUUUUAACUUGUGAAUGAAGCCUGCAGCUAAUAUAGAAAGUGUGGCAGUCAGAAGUUGUAAUAGCUAUAUGGUUCUUUAAUAAUUGUGUAUAUUAUUCAAAACAAAGAAGUAUAGGUUCUUCCUGCUGGAAUCCUACCACAGCCUAAUGCUGGAUUGCUGCCCCUUCAAUAUGUGAUGCAGAAUAGCAACGAAGUGUAUACAAGAUGUUUAAAGCUGAAUGUACGUACUUUUGUUAAAUUCUAGGGGUAACUUUGCCUCAACUAUCUGUUCCGAAAUGAGAAGAGUUUGCCACGGCUGUUGUUUACUAAAA